UAAAUAGUCAAGUUACUUGGAACUUUUACAUGCGAAAACCAUAUGAAAUUAACCUGUCAAAACUGUCCAGGAGUGCUCCGAAAGAAAAAUCUUCCAUCCUGAGCUACCGGAAUUUCGGUAUGUCUUGGCUUGCUUCUUCUGUAUGACUCCUCUAGAUGAACUAUAGUCCAAAUCAAUUUAUAGAUACAUUACAGCUAUCAUUAUGUCACUCUGUUUCUUCUACCUUAUUGAUACUUCUCUUACGUGCCAACUUUCUAUUUGUAUCUCUAUAUUCAGGGCUGUGAUGUGUUACCAUAAAAGGCUUUAGCCCCCGCUUUAUAUAUAAAGCAACGAUCAUCAACACCUGGUACAAACACAUGCCAUCACAACACAUGCACACACCCAAGGCAGGAUACAUAGGCGCUGAGCGCAGCAACACCACCCCGAACACUACAAGAGCAGCCGGGGCUCUCGACCGUGAACACGCCACCACAAAGAGAUGAAGCCACAUACGACGAACCGUGGGCUUCAAGGCGGCGCCUUCAGGAAGGAUACGACACUGGAGCGCCGGCACCGCCCGACCCGAGGGUCGGAGUUUCCCCUGGAGUGACACGAUGGGCAAUGUGAGCCACGACGACGCCUUCAAGAAGGGAACGAGCUUCGCCGCCGCCGGUCCGUCCGAAGAUAGAACAGGUUUUCACCCCUGCCAACAGUCACCGCCACCGAACGCCACACCCCCGCAACCACGCCACCCACACGGCCAUGGUCACCGGGCAGCACCGAGCCAUGGGCUCUACCCCUGAGCACCGCGCUACCAUCCCCAGGGCCACCGCCCCGGCAUCCAAGACCUUGACACCACCUCAUCCGAGGCAUGCCGCUACCCCAACCAACUUGAGCGGCUCCCAACUCCGAGACCUAAUAGGCCGGCCAAAAUGGCCUCCAUCGACCCGUCCUGCGGCACCGGGUGCAAGACGAGCUCAGUCCUGCUGCCGGGUGCGAGAUGAGCUCAGUCCUGCAGCACCGGGCGCGAGACGAACGAUGGACUGCAGCUUGGAAAGAGCCAACCCUUCGACGAAGGUAGCGCCCGGGCGAUGAGGACAGAGAUCGAAGGCCAACCCAGGCCGCUUACCGACGGGCCGCCGCCAGAGAUGACCAGCCGCCGCCGUGAAAUGAUCCAGACCACCGCCAUGAGCCACCACCACGCCGUGGCAGCCCACAUCCAUGCCGGGACCAUGAUCUGGCUGGCAACCACCGCCGCCCCCACCCGGAGCCCCGACCAUGAUGAGCCCCUUCCCUCGUCCCGCGCCACCGGCCGGGCCCCCAGCGACAGAUCCGGCCGGAUCUGGCCGGAAUCCAGCUCGCCCGCAACCACCUGCACCUCCGCCACGUCAGAUCCACCGCCACCAUGAGUGCGUCGACCACGAUUUCGGAUCGAGAAGGGGAUACUUGGGGAAGAAGAAGAAACCAGAGAGAUAGGAGAUGGCCAUGGGGCUCAAAUUUUCUAAAUUUGUUGGUUCCUGCGGUUAUGCCUCAAGGAUAUUAAUUUCAGAUGGCUGAAGUGUUUUGUUUGACAGAGAAUGUGCUUCAGUAUUAGAAUUGCAAUGGACCAAAUUGUUGUCCAAGGCCUGGAUUCAAAACAUGUAGCUGUAAUGCUAAUCAAUCAUCAUCAUUGCUUAUCAGUCGUAAUCAAUUCCUACUUUUUUUAACUUUCUCCUUUUUGGAAAAAGCGGAAGCAUUAUCAGUCAACUGAAAAGAGUAUGUUAUAAGUACAAUGAAAUCUGGGAAAAGAACUAUGAAGAAGAAGAAGAAGAAGAAGAAGAAGCACGAGCAGGAGCAGGAGCACGAGAAACACCCUGCUGGGAGCCUUCCUGAGGGCCCCCUUGUCGAGAUCCUGUCCCGGGUGCCCUACAAGUCACUGUGCCGCUUCAAGUGUGUGUCCAAGCCGUGGCUUGCCCUCUGCUCUGACCCCGACAUCCGCAAGAGGUCACCCAAGACCAUGGUAGAUUUCUUCCUCCGCAACUAUGGCAUCGGCCCCUGUUUCAUUAACUUGUCUGGAAGAGGCCAGCCCCUGGUCGACCCUUCUCUCUCUUUCUUGCGUGAGAGCUUUACACUUCUCAUCCCCCAGCAGUGCUGCGGUGGCCUUGUUCUCUGCAAAUACUGGGAAUCACGUUAUGUUGAGGAAUUUGAGUACAAUCUUGUCGUGUGCAAUCCUGCGACCAAGAAGUGGGCCGAGCUGCCUCCUAAUCCUAUACAAUUGCAAGACGAAGACGAAGAAGAAGUCGAAGAAUAUUUGUGUUUCGAUCCAGCUGUCCCCUCCCGUUUCGUGGUACUCACACACACUUGGGAUUUCACAGAAGUGGCAAUCUACUCAUCAGACACUGGACGAUGGACUACGGUGGAGACUGGUUGGACUGAUGAGGCUCCUGUUGGUCUUCCUGUCUUCCUGAAUGGUACUUUGCAUUUGAUGACCACUGAAUAUUCAAUAGUCACAGUAGACACAGAGGGGAAGGUUUGGGGGCAAAUUGAUAUUCCAGGCAACAUGCGAGACAGCUCUGAUUAUCCGUUCAUUGGACAGUCUCAGGGACGAUUGUAUGCUUGGUCUAUAAAUGAUAAUAUUGAUGUUUGCCAACUUUCAGUUUGGGCUCUUGAGGAUUAUGGUGGUGCAAAGUGGGCCUUGAAGUAUACUGUUAACAUUUCAGAACUGUUUGGAAGGAAUUGUUGCAAAUAUGUGGAGCCCUUAGCAAUUCAUCCAGAUUGUGAUUUGAUUUUCCUUGCUGACCGGAGGGGGAAGGCUAUCUCAUAUGAUAUGGACAGCAAGAAAGUGCAUGUUAUUGGCACUUACCAAACAUUCAAUGGUGCUGUACCUUAUGUUCCAUGUUUUGCGGAAUGGCCGUCAGAUGGUCACUGACCUUGCUGGAACUAUAUUGUCUUCAUAAAUUUAGCCAUGGAGAAUAUGCAACACCUAGCAACAGCUUCCAGUGGCUAAUGCUUACUUGUAUGAAUGAGUCUAGGUAUUUGAUGUAUCGGCUGCAUCUAGUGCUAAUCAUUAUGGUCACCUGUUAGCUCUGGGUGUGGGGUAACUGUGAGGGUAUAUUAUCUAUGUUUGAAAUUGGUUGGACUUUCACCUCUUUAUUUUUCGUUUAAGACUGGAGAUGCUUAUCUCUUGUUGCAAGUACAUUUAUCUUUUAUGGACAACUUGUUAUCCAUCAGUUCGGAAUAUUGAUAUCGCCUUGUUCUUAUAUAUGCACAUGUUAAAGACUGGA